AUGCCUUCUGCCACUGCUUCUACCACCUCUCAAGGGAUGCAGGCCUACGCCGCCCCCUCCCUCUUUCAGCCUCACCGGGCUCGUGAUGCCAUCCGAGAUGCCCAUCAAAAGAAGAUCAGACCUUUGCUCUGCUACUAUGCAGGACUCAGCUCCCUGCCCAUCACCCGCUUCUUAGCCCCAAUGAACUUUGAUGCUGUUUGGAUUGAUUGGGAACACAGCUCUUGUAACGUUGAGACAAUGACAAGCAUGGUGCACGAAUCGAUCUUCAUGAGCCAGGGGGCCACAAUUCCAUUUGUCCGAGUACCGGGCCAUGAUCACGCUGCUAUCGGAUAUGCUCUGGAUGCUGGUGCUAGUAUCAUCAUUCCUCAGGUCAAUACCGUAGAAGAAGCAAAACAUGUCGUGUCGUCUGCCAAGUUCGGUUCCAAACAGAGGGGUUCUCGAUCGGCUCCUCCAUUCCGGUUGAUCCCUGGUAUUACGGAUCAAACGAUCGACUCGGCUCGUGAUAUCCAUCAGAAUCUGAAUGACCAGGCGGCUAUCAUGAUUCAGAUCGAGACUCUCGAAGGUAUUAACAACCUCGACGCAAUUCUGACCGAAGUCCCCGAUAUCGACAUUGUCUGGCUUGGCGCUUUAGAUGCUCGCGUGAGCAUGAAUCUUCCCGGUGGGUUCGCGGGAGGCACAGAGAAGGAGUGGCUCGCAGCAAAAGAAAAGUUCUUUUCUGUUAUGGACAAGCACGACAAGCCAUAUGGAGGUUUUGCUUUUGCCGAUCCUCCAUUCGGUAGCCCCGAGGCGAUCAAAGAAGCAGCAAAGAGAAUGUCGUUCAUAGCGUGUUCGGCUGACGUAUUGCACCUUACAAGACUCGCGGGUGAUUUACACAAGGUCAAGGAAAUACUUGACAACUAG